AUGAAGGCUCCCAUUCUGUCGAGAGAUUCCUUAUCUCGCAUCCAUGCAAAUAAGCGGGACGAAAUGGUGGCAUACAGCGCGAAAAUAGCGAAUCUUCGGCGAACAAGCGAAUCUGAGGCAGGACAAAUGGAGCUCAAUUUGAAAAUUCUGGAGCUUUCGAGAGAAAAAGCGGCAAUCCUGAAGGAACGAGCGAGCGAGGAACUGAAAGAAGAAAAACUUAAAGAGGAGACUCAGGAGCUCAUCAAACGUCAACUGGCGCACGCGCGUGAGCAGUGCCAGCGCACUCAGGGCCAACUCUACCCGCAGCAUCAAGUUCCGCAGCAGCAGCAGUGGCUGCACCCACAGCAGUGGCAGCAGCAGCAACACCUACAGCCCUUUGGAUCCUUUGGUGAAGGCAUGCAAACAAAGCCCACGAUACACUGCUCUGCUCCCCCACCAGAGCAACUAAUGAAUCCCGUGCAGUCUUCUGCACCGUGCAAUGCUCCCUUGCCACCAACUGCUGCAUGCACAGCAGCUAAUCCCCUUCAAUGGGGACCACCUCAUGGCCUUUAUCCGGCAGCAGCCUACUCAGAGGUAUCUAGCUGCAGAGGAAACAGUAACCCGCAGCAGUAUCUGCAGCAGCAGCACCAACUGAGCUACGGGCAGUUGCCUUCAGCGGGUGGGGUGCACUUUCAGCGGGCUUCUUCUCUCGAGCAGCCUCCUCCGCUGCAGCAGCAGCAGCAGCAACAACAACCCAGCGCUUUCUAUGGGGAAGCACCUGACUCUUAUGCAGUGAGCGCUGCUCAGAUGCAAGCCCUACAGGACCUGGCAAGCGACCUAGAAAUUGCGGAAGGGGAUAUAAGCCCCUCGGAGCAUAUUGCCAACCCACCUUGGGGCCCCCAACGUCUUCCGUAUGAAUCGUCUGCUGCUGCAGCCUCGCCGCCGCCGCCGGCGAAACGCACAGCACAGUGGCACGAGACAGCAGCAGCUAAUAAGAGACUGCCAGCGACUAAAGCGGUGCCCAAGGGGACUCACAGGGUUCAGCGAGCAGCGGAGCAGCCUCAGAAGCAGCAAAAAAGGAGGCAGGAAGGCCAGGCAAAUGGCGCUGCAGCAGAAGCAAAUGCCUGUAACCUCAGUGCGGCGAUGACUGCAGCAGCAGCAGCACCGGCGCCGGAAAUCUCAAGCUUAGACUCAGCCCAAAUAAGGGCCUUGUAUUUGUUGCAGGUAUGUGUUGCAGACGCAGUAAGCCUUUUUCUUUUGUACCUUCACAAACGCAUCAGCGUAAAAAAGCUGGAGGCUUCGGAGACUCCGCAGGGAAGAGCAACGCCGCCUGUGAGACUUCCCACCAGCCACGGCAACGACGGCCCAGCAGCAGGCGGCCGCCUAGCGAAGGGGAGGCACAGGAGUCUGCAGCAGAAGUCUAGCGAGUGCAGCUUCGGCUCUUGCCAGUUUGAAGUGGAUUUCUAG